UUGCGUUAUUAUAACGUUGAUUACUACAGUACUUGAUCAUCAGCAAUAUAAAAUAUUCGCUUAAUUCAGAUUAGUAAGUUAUUGGUCACCAUGACUGAUAUUAACUACCGAUUACGGUAAUGGUGUAUGUACAGAGUCGGUAAAGAGAUGGCGACCGAUAACGUGAGGAUCGUGCUUUGUAUACCGGUAUGUCCAGAGUGAUUCUGAGAUAGGAAUGUAGGAGGAGCAAAGUCUUUCCCCAGUCUGUUUGGCAUGAGAUGAAUCAGCCAACUAGAAAUGGAUACCAACCAAACCUCCACUGGUGGUAACAUGUUUGCUCGCAUUCCAACAAACCCUAGUCCAAUAUUUCAGGUAACGCUCUCUCCGGUUCCAACCCAGCAGGGAACUGUGUUGAUGCAGAGCCCUGGUCCAGUAGCUCAGGUUAACCCGUCAUCCGUUCCAACACAGACUGUUGUCAAUGUCAUUCAAAGCGCGGGCCAAAUAGUUCAGCUAAACUCUUCUCCAAUCCCAACUCAGAAACAGACUGUCGUGAUGCAAAGGCAUGACCAAAUCUCGCAGGUAAACCCUUCCCCCGUUCCGACCCAGAGACAGGCAAUUGUGAUGCAAAGCCCCGGUCCAGUAGCUCAGAUUGAUCCUUCACCCGUUCCAUCCCAGAAACGGACUAUCGUGAUGCAAAGUCCUAGUCCAAUAGUACAGGUGAACAUCUCUCCUGUUCCAACACAGAAAGGGACUGUUAUGAUGCCUGUUGCCAAUGCCACCCAGAACUUCAGCCCUACCCUGCCUGUGCAGAAACAGUCAAAUAUCCCUCUCCAACUGUCAGCCUCCUCUGGGAUCAUCCUGGCAACAAGACGGGAUGGCAUUCCUGCUAGCAGCCUUCAAGGAGCAGAGAAGGGCAGAAUCCCGGCCAGUGUAGCAAGACGAGAUCUGGAUGCAACCACCCCAGUCCAUUUGUCAAGUGAGAAAGGGAGGAUGAGUGCAUUGGGUGUUGCUAUGGUAUCAAGAAAAGAUGUUGAGCCAGGUGAAGGACAUCAUGAAGAGUCAAGACCUAACAUGUCUAGGUUGUCCAGUGUGCUGAACUCCCUCUCUGAUCAGGACCAAGCCAGCAUGGAUCUUGAAGUACAGUCUGUCAUGUUUCCAGAGAGCAGAGGCCUUCUACCGACAGUGAAAAGGAUCUGUCCAAGUAGAUCAUCCUCUUCAAGCAAAGCAUCAAGCAAAUCUAGCUAUUCACCAAUGAGGCAAUCAACAUCUUUCACCAACACAAAAAGAGGCAAUAUCCAAACUACUACACCUACAUUUCCUAUAGUGGACCACAGUAUCCACCAACUUGCAGCACAGGGGGAGUUGGCAUUGAUCGCAGAAAAGCUUGAAACCGGGACAGAUAUUGACGAAACCGACCCGUUGGGUCAUACUGCCCUCUCUUGGGCUUGCCAGCACAACCAGGUGGACAUGGUACGGUUUCUACUGGAGAAUAAUGCAGACCCGAGGAAGGCCAGUUUAGAUGGGGAGACAAGUCUUGCCUUUUCAUGCAGCAUCGGAAAUGCAGAUAUAGUCCGUAUGCUUCUGCAAAGGAAAGCUCCUGUUAAUGUCUUCGACUAUAAUGGAGGCACCCCAUUGGUGUAUGCUGUUUAUCACAACCAUCCUAUCAUUGUUAAGAUGUUAUUAGAUUCUGGAGCUGACAUGACCCAAGAGAUGGAAUCUGGCCACACCCCUCUCAGUCUGUCUAUGGUGAUGGGUCAUAAACAAGUUCAGAGAGUGAUAGAGCAACACAUGCUGUCAUUGCUUCAGAUCACGUAGAAACAGACAGACAAUUGGACAUCGUUCAAAGACAUCUGCCAGUGGCUAACUUGCUCCUAGAAACCCUUCAGGAUUAGAGGAUACUGUGCUUUGAUGGACAGGGAAGCAUUUCAUGAAACAAGCACUCAGUGACCUCCUCUGAUCCUUACAUCUGAUUGACUCAGAGCAAAUUAGUAAAAAUCACUGUGAAAACUUUUCAUGUAACGCUUUGCCAGUGGCUAAAAUGCUCAGGACUGGAAACCCUUCAGGAUUAGAGGAUACUGUGCUUUGAUAGACAGGGAAGCAGUUCAUGAAACAAGCACUCAGUGACUUCCUGUGAUCCUUACAUCUGAUUGGUUUAGAGCAAAUUAGU